ACAGAACAGACUUACUUUAUGGUCACCGGUCUUGUGUAUUUUUCAACUCGUAAGUUUUACAUUUUUGAUUCGAGUAUUUUGUUGAUUGUAUAAAGGUACAGGUUAACGCUGAUCAAAUUAUACACAUUCUUUUCUAUUUUGAUGGAGAGGAAAAAAGUGGUUAUGGAUGAACAUAGUAUUAAUAUUGAAGAAGAAAUACCUGUUGCUUUUGAUGAUGUUAAGUUCGAAGGAAAAUCAGAAACUAUAGACGUUUUUGAACAGUUUCUAGAUGAAAACGGACUUCAUGAAAGAGAAGAAUUUAUAGUCAAGAAUGAAGAAUGUACCUCAAACUGCAUAGUUACCAAAAUCAAUGCAAAUCGAGUAUCAGGUCCACUAAUAAAUAACUGCGAAUCUUCGCCUUCGGUACAGUCUAUAGGUCAUGAAACUCACAUGGCCACAAUUGAAGGAAAUAACACUGAAAAAAACCCACAAUGUGAUUUUGCCUCCAGUCAGAAAGAUCAUGAGAAAUCUCUUAAUUUGAAUAUUAAGGAACAUAAUUGCUCUUUAUGUGAAUAUACUGCAAGAAGAAAAAGUCGCCUCCGAAUUCAUGUGGAAUCUGUUCAUUUGAAUAUCAGGAAACACAAGUGCCACCUAUGUGAAUUCGCUACAAGGGAGAAAUGCAAUCUUGAAAUGCAUAUAAAAGCUGUUCAUUUGAAAAUUAAGGAUCACAAGUGUCACCUAUGUGAGUAUGUUACAAGCAGAAAGGAAUGCCUUCGAGAUCAUGUCAAUUCUGUUCAUUUAAAUAUCAAGAAACACAAGUGUCACUUAUGUGAGUAUGCUACAUAUCUAAAAACUAAUCUUAACAUACAUGUGAAAUCUGUUCAUUGGAAUAUUAAGGAACACAAGUGUCACUUUUGCGAGUAUUCUGCAAGUACAAAAAGUACCCUUAAAGCACACGUAAAAUGUAUUCAUUUGAAAAUUGAAGAGCACACAUGUCACCUAUGUGAGUUUGUAACAAGUAGGAAAGCGAGCCUUCAGAGGCAUAUCAACUCUGUUCAUUUAAAUAUAAGGAUACACAAGUGUGAAUUGUGCCCUUACGCUGCAAGUGAUAAAAGUCGUCUUGAUGUACAUGUAAAAUAUGUUCAUCUGAAUGCGGGGGAAAACAAGUGUUUCAAGUGCCAACUAUGUGAGUAUGUUACCAGUUGUAAAUAUAAACUGAAACGUCAUGUUGACGUUGUUCAUUUUAAUGUGAAGAAACACAAGUGUCAUUUAUGUGAGUAUGCCACAAGUAAUAAGAAAGACCUUGAGAUACAUAUCAAAUCUAUUCAUUUGAAAAUCAGGGAUCAUAAGUGCCAUUUGUGUGAUUUCGUCACCAGUCAGAAGCAGAAUCUCGAGACACAUAUAAAAAGUGUUCAUUUGAAAACUGAGGAUCACAAGUGUGAACUAUGUGAUUAUGUUACAAGUAGGAAACAAUGCCUUCAGAAGCAUAUAAACAGUAUUCAUUUAAAUUCCAAGAUACACACUUGUUACUUAUGUGGUUAUGCCGCUAAUCAGAAAUAUUACCUAAAUAUGCACAUUAAGUCUGUUCAUUUGAAUAUUAAGGAACACAAAUGUCAUCUUUGUGAGUAUGAAACGUGUAGGAGAAAAGACCUUCAAGAACAUGUAAAAUCUAUUCAUCUGAAAAUUAAGGAACACAAGUGUCACCUAUGUGAGUACGUUGCAAGUAAAAAACAAAACCUCGAACUACAUGUAAAAUCUGUCCAUUUGAAUAUCAAGGAACACAAGUGUCAUUCAUGUGAGUUUGCCUCGGUUAGAAGAAAAGACCUUGAGGUACAUGUAAAAUUUGUUCAUUUAAAAAUUAAGGAACACAAGUGUCAUCUAUGUGGGUUUGCUACAACUACGAGACAAAACCUGUUAAUACAUGUAAAAUCUAUUCAUUUAAAAAUCAAGGGAGAAAGAAAGAAUUAACAUAAGUGAGAUUUAUGUGAAUAUGUAGAAAAUGCAAAAGAAUUUAAUAUAUUAUCCAUAAUAGUCAAUUUUCUUUAAAUGAAAAUGAGGAAAAUGGAGAGAACUGAGUUUGCCGCUGCGAACGCCAAAAGAAAAUUGUGGUAACCUUUAGCUUUAAUCAGCUUUUUUUUUUUCUUAAUGUACUCAAUUUACAAGUUUGCUUUUCGUUUAUUUUCCAUAUAACAUGCGAUAAAGUACCAUAAAUUAUAAUAUAAAGCAAUCAUAAGCUGCAGGUGGCAGGUUCAGAUUUCCCACUAGAUGGGCAAGAUUGACAAAUUGAUUUAGGGGUUCUUUUACAAGAUUUGUUUCUAUUUCCUUUUCGAAAAUCUACUCUGAAAUUUAAUGGAUAUAUUUUCUCAAUAAUGGGGAAUAUUCCUCAAU